AUGGAAAACAUGUCUCAAGUUGGGUUGUUAAUAUUACUAGUUUGUAACUUGCUACUUGCAAUCUCUGUUAAAAGCAAUACUAUAGCUAUAGAAUGCUUAGAUUCUGAUCAUGAAGCUCUAAUAGACUUCAGAAAUGGCCUUAAGGAUUCCCACAACCGUCUCUCGUCAUGGAGAAGCCGAAACUGUUGUCAAUGGCACGGAAUAUAUUGCGAUAACAUUACAGGUGCGGUUGUUGCAAUUGAUCUCCGUAACCCGCAUCCAGUGUCAUUUGAUUCUUCUACUGGAAAGAAUCAAAUGUGGAACCUAACUGGUGAGCUAAGGCCAUCUUUGAUGAAGCUCAAGUCACUAAGGCAUUUAGACUUGAGCUUCAACUCGUUCAAAAGAAUAUCAAUUCCUAAAUUUUUAGGAUCGCUGGUGAAUUUGCAAUACCUUAGCCUGUCGAAUGCUGGCUUUGCCACCACAUUUGGGAAACCUUUCUCACUUGCAGUCUCUUGA